AUAACACCCACUCAAACACAUCUACUCUACCAUUUAACUUAAGAAUUUUUGCUUUGAAAUAGUCAUCCUCCGCUGCCACCAGCAACUAUCUCAUUUCUUUUCUUAUCAUACGAAUUAAUUAAAAACCUGAGCAACAAAAUGUCAAUGGAAGGCAACAGAGGCAUGAUGGAUGCACCUAUUCUUCAUGAAUUCAAGAAACAGGCUUCCUUCUUCCUCAAGGAGAAGAUCAAAAGUGCCCGGCUGGCCUUGACCGAUGUCACUCCAGCACAACUACUGGCGGAAGAAGCUACUAAUGCAAAUCCAGGAGGGGUGGAUGCUCAGACGCUGAAGAUGAUAUCCAGAGCAGCAUUUGAAGUGGAUGAUUAUUGGAGAAUUGUGGAGAUCUUGCACAAAAGACUGUUAAAAUUUGAUAAGAGAAACUGGAGGGCAUCAUACAAGGCCCUGAUUGUGCUGGAAUACCUGUUGACUCAUGGGCCUGAGAGUGUUGCUCAGGACUUUCAAACGCAAAGAGACGUAAUUAGAGAAAUGGAAAGGUUCCAACACAUUGAUGAGAAAGGAUUUAACUGGGGUCUGAAUGUGAGGAAGAAAUCUGAAAGAAUAUUGAAGCUGCUUGAGAAAGGCCCUCUUCUCAGAGAAGAAAGAGACAAAGCCCGGAAGAUCUCAAGAGGGAUUCAAGGGUUCGGUAGCUUCUGCCUUAGGACUUCAUCAGGGCAAGAAACUCCUCCAAAGGUAUUUGACAGAUGCAAUUCACAGUUCAUUGAUAACACAAAUCUGGAUGAUUUCCUUUCAGCCGCGAACGAACAUGAUAGCACCAAAACAGAGAGACAGAAGCCAAUGCCUCCUACGAACCCAAAAAUGGAGGGCCUAAGCCCUAAGAGUUUCAAUAUUCAAGUAAACUCGAACGAAAAUUUGGUUCCAGACGAGACAGGCCUUGUGAGGGAAGAAAAUGGCGGGAGCUGGAACUGCACGGUGGAGUCAAAAGUACCUCUAUUGGAUGAGCAUAAAGAUGAGGCAGGGAUAGAUAUGUCGACAGGAGAUCAUCAUCAUUUGUUCGACAAUACUGAAGAUCUAACACUCAUUUCACUGCUUUCAGUUUCAGAGAUGAACAGCAAACAUGUUGCAAAUUAGACGUAAACUGUUACAUGGCCGGUGUGGAUGUAUAAUAGCUCAUUGCUUCGAUGUUCAGAAAACGGCGUCUCUGAUCAUGCGGGUGGACUUAUACUGAUGCUUAGUGAGGCUGCAUCAUGCUUACCAUAUUGAACACCUGACACACAACGUGAACUUGAGUGUAGCACAGUUUACAUGUGGUGAACUUGGAUGAAAAUUACGAAAGAAUUUGGUUGCAUGUUUUUUGAGCUUGCAAGUGUGAUCAGAAAGUGUAAUUGAUUUGAGGGUAGCUGCAAUUCUUGAUCUUGGCAGUUAUUGUGAAAAUGGAAUUGGUUGUUGGAGCAAAUCCUGUCCAUGAU